AUGAUACUGAAUGCAAUAACAUCAUCAAGUGAGACAGAAUGUCGAUUGAUAAUUGCAAAUAAUUAUACCCAAAUCAAGACGGAUUGUUUCAAGGAGGAUUAUCGCAUCCAGAUGAACUUGAAUCCUGGCAGAAAACCGGAAGGAUCAGUGGAUGAAGAAGAGGAACGCACGGUUUGCGAUAUAAAAUGCGAUGGAGCCGAUCGAGAUUCUGUUAUAUCGAAAGUACCGAAUUCAAUGGUCAUUGGUAUAUGUGGCGAUCUGGCAAAUGCAGAAAUUCUAGCGUAUCGAUGGAAGUACAUUGCGGUUUCCCUCAAGAUCGUCCUAUUGGUGCAGAACAUCAAGCACGAGUACGCAAAUGAAGAAGCUGUCGACGGAUUUGAACAGUUGAUUCUUUUGGUGGAACGAUUUGCGAUUGGAUAUAAACUGUAA